UUCACAGCAUACCAUUAUCUGCGCAACAGGAGACGGGGAGGGGAAAGGCGCAAGGUCUGUCCGUUGUCCGGACAGCAGAGCAAAACUCUCCAACUCAGUAAAAAAAAAAACAACAACAACAAAAAAAAAUGAGUUUGUACGGCUCCACAUCAAAACUGGCCACACUGGGCCAGAGAAGUAUGUCUAAUUCGCGACCGGAUUUGGCGAGUUCGGGUUUUCGAAACGAAUGGUUCGUCGGAAACACCGUCCCGGCGGACUACCAGACAGGGGAAAGCGGAUACACCUACAACACCAACUACUCCAGGACCUCCGUGCACGGCGGCGGGCUCGGGGGACAGAAGGUGCAAGUGAGCACGGGGGGGAGCGGUGGAGGCGGUGGACUCAGUGUGCAGGCUAUUCAACAAAAAUCUGCAUUCCUGACCAGCCAAUGUCAGGAAUACCUGCAGAGAGCAAAGACGACUCUCCAGGGUGGGGGUCCAGGUGUGGAGGUGGAGAAGUUGUUGAUCAUGGUUGGAGAAAUCUUGGACCACCUGAGGGCCUGUGGCCGAGAGCUGCAGCAAAUGCGUAUAACACAUGACAUCUUCAGAAAUGUAGAACAGUUCCAGAACAUGUCCGCUGCUAUCCAUCAGCAACUUGUCAGUGGUAUGACCAUAAUACGGGGCAGGGGCAGUGUGGGCUCCCUUGAGGGGGGGAGGAUCUUUAAUGACGCCAUGGCCUGGAUUGCCCAACAGAAGCGUAUGAUUGAGACAGCGCCGUGGGGGGAUGACUCAGCCACCAUAGAAAAGCAAAUCCUAAACCACAACAAAACCCACAGCUCUAUCCAAAGGAGCCAGGAAGUAAACCGUGCCAGAGAUGAACUGAGGGGCGACAAGUACAACCUCUCCGUCCUGGAUCAAGAAUGGGAAAGCUUGCAGAAAAUGUCUCACAACCGUAUGUGUCAGCUGCGUGAGCUUCAGAGCAUCAUCGAGGAGAUCUCCCGAGCCAUCAUGUGGGUGAAUGAGAAAGAGGAGGAGGAGCUCGUGUUUGACUGGGGAGACAAGAACAUCGACCAGUACAUCCCCAAGAAGCAAGAGAGCUACUCAAGGCUGAUGAGGGACCUGGAGGAGAAGGAGAAGGAUCUAAACAAGCUGAAGGUGAAAGCAGAUGGACUCCUGAACAACAACCAUCCUGCCUCAGAUAAGAUUGAAGCCUACAUGGAUACGUUACAGACCCAGUGGAGCUGGCUUCUUCAGAUCACCAAGUGUAUCCAUGUUCAUUUGAAGGAGAAUGCUGCCUACAGCCAAUUUUUCAAGGAGGCCAAUGAGACCUAUUCGAAGCUGCAGAAGGAGCAUGAGACUAUCCGAAGCAAGUUCACCUGCGACAAGAAAACCCCACUGGAUAACCUCACUGAACUCCUGAAAAGCCUGGAGAAAGAGAGGGAGCGAAUUAUGGAAAAUAAGAGGCAGGUCCAAAGUCUGGUCAACAAGUCUAAGAGCAUUGUCAGGCUGAAACCUCGCAACCCUGAGGAAAAGAGCAGCAGCCCUGUAAUAGUCCAGGCCAUAUGUGACUUUAAACAGGACCAGAAAGGGAUUUUAAAAGGGAAUGAGGGCAUCCUCAAGGAAAACUUGCAGCGUAGCAAGUGGCUUGUGACAGGACCUGGAGGUUUGGACAUGUUGAUUCCCUCUGUGUGUCUGCUUAUCCCCCCACCAAACCCGCUCAGCGUUGGCCUCGCCAGCAAGAAUGAGCAGUAUUAUGAAGCCAUCAUGGCCAUCUGGAAUCAGCUCUACAUCAACAUCAAGAGUCUCAUCUCAUGGCAGUAUUGCCUCAAAGACAUGAAUUACAUCAACUCUCUCACUGUCAGCAUGCUGUCCAAGAUGCGUCCUGAGGAGUACCGCAGUAUCAUCAAAAGACUGGAGACUCACUACCAAGAGUUCCUGCGUACCAGCCAAGGUUCUGAGUUGUUUGGGGACGAGGACAAGAAAACCAUUCAGGCCCACUUCGAUGACGUCCAGAGACACUAUGACACACUGAUUAUCCAGCUGCCCGCUUACAGGGAUGAAGGGGUGAAGCUUGAACGCCCAAAACAGCCUUCGGCAUCCAAGAUUCACAAGACCGAUGAGAAAUACGUCAAUAAUCAGCCUGCCCCGACCAGUUUAACCCUCAGCCUUACCCUGCUCAGUAGUCUGCAAGAAAUUCGACGCAGGCUGGAGCUGGCUGAGUCUGGUCUCACCAGUCAUCUCCAUGUUACCCUGGGGGACAACAGUGUGCACGAGUGCUCGGUGCAGAUCCAGAAGCUGCAGAAUGUGGACCAAGAUUUGGACUCUAUUCAUGAUGAGUACCUGCGCCUAAGAGAAAACAUUAUAAAGCAAAUGGAAGGGAUAUCUGCGGACUCCGAGCAAGCCAGGUUCCUCCGCUCUGAACUGGAAAUCAUCAACCAAAAACUGGGAGGCCUGCAGGGUCUCUAUUCAGCCUACCUUCAAAGACUGUUGGCUCUUAAGGCCUUGCUCCAGAGCCUUCUCCAGGCCGAGGAUAUCAUUAAAGUCCAUGAGGCCCGGCUCACUGAGAAGGAGACCACUUCUCUGGACCUUCGAGAAGUGGAAAACUACCGGAGCACACUAAAGCAAAUGAAGAGUGAUCUGGAGCAAAAAAGGGACCUGCUGACAGCUAUGGAGUCUGACCUGACCAAAGCAAUGCACUGGAAUGGUCAAAUCUCUGAGUCCUUCCACAGGUGUGAUGUGGACUUGUCCAAAUACUCAGACCUGGUGUGUCAGAUGUCUGACCGCUGGCGCCGUAUCCAAACCCAGAUUGAUAGCAGAGUGUGGGACUUGGAGAAACAGGAGAAACAGCUAAGACAUUAUCAGCAGAGCAGCACUUCCUUGGAACAGUGGAUAGACAAUGCCAGGAAAUGCCAGGACACCCUUCAGAUGGUUAAGCUCAGUGACAUCCAGACCCUAAUGAACCACCUCAACCAACAGAAGGCACUUCACACUGAAAUUAAAGGAAAGAAGGAGAAAGUAGAGGACGUACAGAAAAAUGCAGACACUUGUGCUGCAUCCAUAAAGGACUAUGAGAUGCAGCUGGCUUCCUACAGUUCAGGCCUGGAAACUCUGCUUAAUAUUCCUAUCAAGAGAACAAUGCUGCAGUCCCCCGCCUCUGUGGUCAGACAAGAGGCGGCUGACCUCCAGUCCCGCUACAUAGAGCUUCUUACCCGCUCUAGCGACUACUACAAGUUCCUAGGGGAGCUACUGAAGAACAUGGAAGAGCUGAAGAUCAGGAACACCAAGAUUGAGAUGCUGGAGGAGGAACUGAGGCGUCUGAAGGAGGACCUCCAGGAUCAUAAUCAGAAAAACAAGUCUCUGGAGGAUGAUUUGGCCCGCUACAAGCUGGAGCUCAUUCAAUCAAAAGAUCAGCUCAUUUCUAUUGAGGAAAUUAAGAGAACCACAGCAAUGCAAGCUAAUGCUGCCAGGGAUAGCCUGGACAGCACACACAACCAGCUUCAAGAUCUUAAUGACCAGCUGACCCGCAUUAAAUACCAGCUGGAUGAGGAAAAGAGGAAAAGAAGGCUGGCAGAGGAGCGCUACACCAGCCAGCAAGAAGAGUAUGAGGCGGCUGUUCGUCGCAGACAGAAAGAACUGGAAGAGCUCAACUGGACCAAGAUUGACUUAGAUAAGACUGUGAAGGACAAGGAACGGGAACUGGAGAGAAUGAAGAUACUACUAGAGGAGGAGGUGACACGUCGACGGAAUGCUGAAUCAGAUAUCUCAAAGGUAAGAACUCAGUGCACCCAGGAGAUUAAUCAACUUAAGCAGACAUAUGAGACAGAGAUCCAUGUUACCAAGACCACGAUCCUGAAAGCCUCACAACAGAAAGAAGAAGACACAGCAGAGCUGAGACUGCAAGUUAACAGACUCACUGCUGAGAAGAGCGAUUUAGAGGAAGAGCUGAGGAGACUGAGACAGUCCAUUGCUCACACAGAGGAGCAGAAAAGCAGAGCAGAGCAGGAUGCCAGCCAGCAGAGGGCCUCAAAGACACAAGAGACAAGGAUACGCAGUGAGCUGGAGGUGCAACUGAGAAGCCUCAAGCAGCAGAGAGGAGAGGAUGAGGUCAAAUUAAAGGAAGCCACCAAAAACAAUCAGGAAAAGUCCAGGCAGAUCAGCAUGCUUACAUUUAACCUGGAUGAGGAGGGGAAGAAGAGGAGAGCUCUUGAAUUGGAAAUCAGUCACCUGAAACAGGCUGAGGCAGAGCUGAAGGAGAAGAACGCCUCCUAUCUGGAGGCAAUCAACAAGCUUAGAGUGUCUGAGCAGGAGGUCCGCAUCACCCGAGAGGAGCUGGAGAAGCAAGCCAGUGAGAAAACCAAAGCUGAGCAGAGUUCUGCUAGGCUGCAGAGCCGUAUCAGGGAACUUCAGUCCUCUCUGGAUGGGAUGGAGGCUGAGCUGGAGAAGCAAAAGAAGGCAACCCAAGAGGAGUUCACACGUAGAAAGAGAAUGGAGGCCGAGCUGGAGAAGAUGACACAUACCUGCAGAGAGCACACCACCACAAUUAAAGCACUGAAAUCUGUUCAGCUUGAGGUUUCCAACUCUGAAAGGAAGUUUGAGCAGGACCUGAGAGCCCUCCAGGAGGCUCUGGACAAGAGCCUGAGGGAGCAUAAAGUUACCAAGGAGGAACUGGCAGCUGUAGCAGCUGAGCUGAAGACACUGAAACAGAAGCUCCUGCAGGAACAGGCCCGAAUUCAUGAACUCAACCACCGUAAUGAGAGCCUGUAUAAGACCAUUGAGGAGAAGAGCCGCCAGCUUAAUGAAUACACUAAUGAGAUUGAAAAGCUGAAGACUCUGACACAGAACCUGACAAAGGAGAGACUGAGGUUGGAGGAGGAUCUGAGGGCCGUUAGACAGGAGAGAGAUGAGCUGAAGCUUUGCAAAGACACUAUUGAUGGAGAAACUGCCACUCAAAUCUCAGCCUUGCAUGUCCAGCUACAAAGCAGCACCAAGAGGACAGCGGAGCUCCAGACUCUCAUCAAUGACCUGACCAUGGAGAGAGAAAAGCUUAAAUUGGAAAUAGACAAAUUCCAAAAGCAAUCGAUUGAGACAUCCAUCAUGGUGCAUGAGUCCCAGAGCCAAUACAGUGAGCUGCUGCUGGAAAAGGACAGUUUGCUAUCCAAGCUUAAACUGCUGGAGCAGGACAAGAAUCGUCAGCAGCGCAUAGAAGAGGAGCUCACUCACAUCAAACUCACACUAGAGACUGAGCUCCGCAACAAACAGCGGCUGCAGGAUGAAAAGAAUUCUGUCCUCAAGGAUUUCAACUAUAUGAAGAGUCAGUAUGAGCUGAGAGACAGCCAGUUUAGGCAGUGUGAAUCAGGCAGAGAUAAGGCUGAUCGCGAGAGGCUCUCCCUGAAGAAUGAGAUCGAGAGGCUCAUGAGGGAGCUCAAGAGUGUUGAGGAGAAGUACAAGAGCCGACUUCUGAGCUCCGAAAAGGAAGCAUCAGACUUGGCUCUCAAGAGAGAUGCCCUGGAGAGAGAGAUACAGAGGCUACAGCAGAGACCUAGCACUCUGAGCAGGCAAACCCAGACAGAUGAGAAGGUCCCAGCAAUUGAUCCAUCCAAGCUGAUUUUUGAUGGGGUGCGUGCCAAAGUCACAGCCCACCAGCUUUGCGACUGUGGUAUAAUCAGUAAAGCCACUCUAGACCAGCUCCUAAAGGGACAAAAAACAGUGAAUGAGGUGGCUGUGGACAUCCACCUCAAUUUAAAGGGUACUGGCAUUAUUGCUGGUAUGACAACGUGUUCUCAAGGGAAAAUGCCAUUCAAUGAAGCCAAAAACAAGAACCUCCUGAGCCCAGAAAGCACCCUCAUGCUUCUGGAAGCUCAAGCAGCAACAGGCUACAUAAUGGACCCCGCUUUUAAUGAAAAGAUGCCUGUGGAUACUGCCUGUUCCAGAGGGAUUGUAGACACAAAAGACAGGGAUAUCUUGGCGAGAGCUGAAGCAGCUAGCACAGGCUUCAAAGAUCCAUACACUGGCAAAGUGUUAUCUGUUGGUCAGGCUUGCAAACAGGGCCGCAUAGACAAAGACACAACCAUCCGUUUGCUGCAGGCUCAGGAGUCUGUUGGAGGCAUAUUGGAUCCUGUUCUGAGUGUGUUCCUUCCAAAGGAUGUGGCCUUGGAUCGCAAUCUUAUUGAUGAGGAGCUGUACAGGGCUUUGAACAAAAAACCUACCUGCUACUUGGAUCCUUUGACAGGAGAGAAAAUAAGCUAUAAUGACAUCAGGAAGAAAUGUACAGUGGAACCUGUUUCUGGUUUGCUUCUGCUCCGUGGUUCAGAAAAGCCCCUGACAGUAAGGGGUCUGCGUGAUACAGUUUCUAUCUCAGACCUCAUCAGUUCUGGACUGCUGGAUGAAUCUGACUUGCUGAAGCUCCAGCAGGGCAAGCUCACUUGCAAAGAUGUUGAAGACAAGCUGAAGUCCUAUCUCUAUGGCUCUACCUGUAUUGCAGGUAUCUAUGAUGAGGCCAAUGACCAAAUCCUGCCUUUCUAUCAAGCCAUGAAGGAAGGCCUGCUCAUGAGAGGAACCACCCUGGAGCUUCUUGAGGCCCAAGCUGCUUCUGGCUUCAUUGUUGAUCCAGUCAACAAUGUCUUCUUGACAGUGGAGGAAGCCACAAAGAGAGGACUGAUAGGGAAAGAGUUUAAGAAUAAGCUCUUGUCUGCAGAGAAGGCAGUAACUGGAUACAAAGACCCGUCCACAGGAAAGACAGUCUCCCUCUUCCAGGCUAUUGAGAAAGAUCUUAUUGAAAAAGGUCAUGGGAUCCGUCUUCUUGAGGCCCAGAUUGCCAGCGGUGGGAUUAUUGACCCCAAAAAGAGCCACCGCAUUGAUGUCACUGUUGCCUAUGAAAGGGGUUAUUUUGAUGAGGAGAUGAAUGAGAUCCUAACUUAUGAAGGAGAUGACACAAAAGGGUUUUUUGACCCUAAUACAAAGGAGAACCUGACAUAUCUUCAGCUGAAGGACAGGUGCAUCACAGAUGAAAAAACAGGCUUAAUUCUCCUGCCACUCAAAGACAAGAAGAAGACCCAGAAGUCACAGGAAAGCUGUACCAAAGUCCACCGCAAGAGGCGGGUUGUGAUUGUUGACCCAGACACUGGGCUGGAGAUGUCAGUGAGGGAGGCCUAUCACCGGGAGCUGAUUGACUAUGACACCUUCCUGGACUUGUCAGACCAGGAAUGUGAGUGGGAGGAAAUAAGUAUUAAGGGGUCAGAUGGCUCUGCACGUUUGGUGGUAGUGGAUAGGAAAACGGGAACCCAGUACGACAUCCAGGACUGUCUGGAGUGUGGUAUCAUUGACCAGAAGUCUUUGGAUCAGUAUCGUGCUGGAACGAUAACCUUGACCCAGUUGGCUGACCAAAUUACCAGCAGAACUAGCAGCACUGAGAUGACCCUUUCAGCCAGCAAUGUCGCUGACAUGGUCAGCUGCAGCAGCCCCACCCAGGUCACACCAACCUCUCCUACCGUCCGUAAACGCUUCAGCAGUAUUUCUAUUACUGUCUCUCCCCCUGAGAUGUUUGAUGACCACAGCCCUGUCGCAGCCAUAUUUGACACAGAGACCUUGGAAAAGAUAACUAUUCUUGAAGGGCUCCGAAGAGGCAUAGUUGAUACUAUUACAGCACAGAGGUUGCUUGAGGCCCAGGCGUGCACAGGUGGUAUUAUAAACCCUGCCACUGGCGAGAGACUGUUGCUGCAGGAUGCUGUCCAUCAAAGCAUCAUUGAUGAAAGCAUGGCUAGUAAGCUGAAACCUGCCCAGAAAGCCUAUGCUGGUUUUGAGGAUGUGAAGACUAAAAGAAAGAUGUCUGCAGCAGAAGCAGUAAAGGAAACAUGGCUACCUUAUGAGGCAGGUCAGAGAUUUUUGGAGUUUCAGUACCUGACAGGAGGCCUAAUUGAGCCUGGCACUGGACGUCGCAUUACCAUUGAAGAGGCUAUCCGCAAAGGGUGGCUUGAUGGUCAAGGGAGCCAGAAGCUUCAGGAUACACGGAACCACCACAAGAACCUGACUUGUCCCAAGACGAAACUGAAGAUCACUUACAAGGAAGCCAUGGACAGCUGCAUGGUGGAGGAAAGCAAUGGUAUGAAGAUGCUGCAGGCCUCCUCAAUGUCCACUAAGGGAAUCAGCAGCCCUUACAAUGUCUCUAACCCUGGAUCUCGCUCUGGAUCCAGGGCUGGUUCCCGAGCCGGCUCCAGGAGUGGAUCUCGUAGAGGCAGUGUGGAUUACUCCUCUACUUACUCCUACAGCUUUUCUUCCAGCAGUACCACCUACAACUCCAACACUCACUCUUAAUGCACUGCACAGAAAAAGAGUAAAACUAGAAUAGGCUUAAUACUAGCAGCUCCUAUGCAAUUUGAAUACUUUUUUAACUGUUUGCUUUCUAAAAGUUUUUCUGCUGCUUAAUUGAUUUUGGGAGAUUUGUUCAGAUACUGAAUCUGAUUCAUUUAAAUGUUUUGAUUGUUUGCAGUUUAUGGCAGUUUGGUGUUUGAAUAUUAAGCAUAAUGAUGAGUUUAAUUCAUGAUCUUGUUCCAAUGCAUACAUUUUGAAUAAAUAUAUUUGUCAUAGCUCAUUUUAACACAUGGCUUUUUUAGAAUGUAACAUUGUGUUAUUUUAAAAUAUGCUUGUUGACCUAAACUUCUGCAUGCCAUCAAAAUUAUUUUAGCUAUUUUUUAAUUCUUAGUUUAUUUCCGCUUGAUUCAUGCAUUUUUCCUUCUUUUAAUUAGAAAUAACCUUUUUGUUAAUUGCAAAUGCUGAGUUUUAGCUUAAAAUACUGACUUGAUUAAGUAUUUUUCCACUAUGAAUAUCCUUUGCCACUAAAAUGUUAUUCAAGGGAUUUAAAAAUAAAGUUGUCACAACAAUG